GUCCCUGUAGUUACUUUCGGAGGAGCGGAGAUUCCUGUGAAAACGUUCUUUUCGUGGGAGGGAACUAAUUCGCGAACGGAUCUGAGAUAUAAAUAAUCACCACUCCUCUCAGACUCAUUGCUUCCAAGAUUCUGCGCGAUCAGGUUCCACUCUGUUUCAACUUCAACAGAUCGAAAUGGGGAUUGUAGGGGCGGAAGAGUGCCGGAGAGUGGAAUUGGAGGAGCUCCGCCGCAUCUCUGAGCGUGCCUGUAUGCUUGCUGCUCGUCGGAAGAAUUCUGAUGAAUUUCAUGGAAGGAGAGUUUUGUCGAACUCCUUGAGUGACACCGACGAGGAGCCCGGCGACGAGUUCGUUUGCGUCACUAGUGGCGUCUCUCCCUUGGGCCUUGCGGUGGUGAAUCAGCUCCUGCAGCGUGGAUUUUCUGUUCGGAUCGUUCUCGAUAAUCCUGAAGACGGAGAAAAACUGGGAGAGAUGAAUUCGGAAGCGGGUGGGAUUAAAAUCAAUGACAGCAAAGUAUCGACGGUGUCGGCCAACCUGAUGGAGUGCGAUAGCUUAGCAAAUGCUUUUGAAGGCUGUCGCGGUGUCUUCCAUACCUCUUCUUUCAUCGAUCCUACUGGCCUCACUGGCUAUUCGAAAGCCAUGGCUGAGGUGGAAAAGAAUGCGAGUGAGAAUGUUAUGGAGGCAUGUGCAAGAACAUCCUCUGUAAGAUACUGUGUUUUUACCUCUUCACUUUUGGCCUGCAUAUGGCGUGACGGUACACGAGCUGAGCUCUCGCCAGUUGUCGACCAUGAUUGUUGGAGUGAUCAAUCGUUAUGCGUCGAUAAAAAACUAUGGUAUGCUUUGGGGAAGCUAAGGGCAGAGAAGGCAGCAUGGAGAAUUGCAAAAGAAAGAGGUUUAAAGUUGGUCACCAUUUGUUCUGCCUUGGUAACAGCUCCUGACCUCUGUAAUAUGAGGAAUUCAACUGCAACAAUUGCUUAUCUCAAAGGAGCAAAGGAGAUGUACGAGCAAGGGCUAUUAGCGACCGUAAGCGUGCGAAGAUUGGCGGAGGCCCAUGUGAAUGUGUACGAGGCAAUGGGAGAAAACGAGGCACAUGGAAGGUACAUUUGUUUUGAUCAAAUAAUCAAAACACAGGCUGAGGCCGAGGCUUUGGCAAGGGAAAUAUGUGUGCCUGUGACCAAAAUUUGCGAAUCCCAAGAAGCAUCAACAAGCACUUCUAGUAAGUUUCAGUUAUCAAACAAAAGGCUUUUCAAUCUCACCUCUUCAAGAGCUCCUACUCGCUGUUAUUCUCUGACGCAUUUCCCUAUUUAAGAAAAAGGUAGCACAAAGUUUGAGUACAGUAGUGGUAAAAAGCUGAAUAAUUACUGCUACUUACCUAUCUAUGAGGUAGAAGGUUAGUUAUUGUACGACAGGUAUGAAAUAAAUAUUUAAAUUUA